AUGCCGAAUCUGGUCAACGGGCUGCUGAGCGGCGGCCACCAGACGGAUAUGAAUCAUCUGUGGCAGGUGGUGCAGCAGCUGAGCGACGUGCUGGCCGAGAACCGGAGCCAGACGGCGAGUAUUAUGGGCCAGGUGCAGCAGAUGCAGGUAGCCGAGAGCGCAACCAACCCCACUCCCACGACGGCAACAAACGGCGAGCUGCCCUCGCUGCCCCCCCACCUCCAGCCCGCGCACGCAGCCAACGCAGCCGAGCUGCACGCUUUGCGCACCCAGCUCGCCAGCACCACCACAGCCCUCACAUCCAUGGAGACGCAAAACGCGUCCCUGCACGCGCUGCUCUCGGACUACGAGACCAGUCUCGCCCUAACCCUCGAAAAGCUCCGCCCCUUUGCCUACCGCCACGCCGAGGCCCUGCUCGCCCUGCACGCGCACUACAACGCGCUGCUGGACCGGGAGCGGCAGGCGAACCUGGCGCUGCGGCUGGAGCACCAGGAAUGGCAGGCGGGGCUGGGGCGGGUAGCGGGGCUGGCGAGGGCGGCGCUCAAAGAGGGCGUGGAUGGGGGGAUGGGGUGGGAGCGUAGGGAAAGGGAACUCAAGGCCGAGAAUAGGGUGCUCAGACGGUUGGUCGGGUGGGAGGUUGGCAGUGAGGAUAGUGAGGAUGAGGGGGACGAGGGAGAGGGGCUGGGGCUGUAGGGGUGUGUGUGGGUGUGGGGGUGUAAUGCUGAUGAUGCUAGUGCUGGUGCUGGUGCUGGUGGCGUUUGUUUGGUUGGUUGGGCGAUGGCAGCCGGUAGGAGGACCUACAUACAUACCUACCUACCCACGUUACUAAUGCGGACCCGCUGCUUACGGGAACUUAUUAUUGCUGGCGGAGUCGGUCGGUGUCUGCCUGCUGCUGCGAGGGAGGGAGAAACCAUACCUAGGCUAGGUACAUAGCGUUGGGCGUUUUUUUCUUUUUUAGGAUGAAUGGACGGAUGGGCGGGUGGUGCGGU